AUGACAAACCUUGCUCCGCGGACGUUCUCAGACAGAUCGUCAAGACGAUGGGCGACCUGUCUGAGAAGUGGAAAGAGACACGUUUCGACGAGGAUGGUAUAUCAACUGAAGAUAGCGAGAUCGGUGACCGGUUUUCGGACCUCAGAGGAGACCCGGCCUCUGAAAGAGAGGGUCCACGGGAUCCUGGACGAGCCCCCGAGCUUGUUCGUAGAUCCGAACGGAGCUCCACAGGACCCUGCCAAGGUUGACACCAUCUCGCUGCGAUUUGAUAAUGAUAUGCCCCCAAGAGCACCUUAUCCAGUGGCGUACUCGGUAAUGCUUUGGAAACCCACAGCCGUUUGUGUGAAAGGGGGCUAUGUUGUUGCUUACUUGGACGAAAGUGAUGAGAUGCUGCAGACGUUUCCGCACAUCUCGCACAUCAAACCUUCACAAUUGGUUGAAAUGUUGUCGAAGAUCUUCUCGUACGAUCCGUAG